AUGGAAGGUGCUUCUUAUGCGCGCAUGCCGAGGGUGAAAAUCCGUGAGCUGAAGGACGAUUACGCUAAGUUCGAGCUCCGGGACACAGAUGCGAGUAUCGCGAACGCGCUGCGGCGCGUGAUGAUCGCGGAGGUGCCGACAAUUGCAAUCGAUCUGGUGGAGAUAGAGGUGAAUUCUUCGGUGCUGAACGACGAGUUCAUAGCGCACAGACUCGGCCUCAUCCCGCUCACGAGUGAGCGAGCCAUGUCCAUGCGCUUCUCACGUGACUGCGACGCGUGUGACGGGGACGGUCAGUGUGAAUUCUGUUCCGUGGAGUUUCACCUUAGGGUUAAGUGUAUGACUGAUCAAACCCUCGAUGUCUCUAGCAAAGACCUCUACAGUUCUGACCAUUCGGUCGUCCCUGUAGAUUUCUCUGACCCUGCUGCCACUGAUUCUUCCGAGAACAGAGGGGUUAUCAUUGUGAAGUUGAGGCGAGGACAAGAGCUGAGGCUGAGAGCGAUAGCUAGGAAGGGGAUUGGCAAAGAUCAUGCCAAAUGGUCACCUGCUGCAACCGUCACUUUCAUGUAUGAACCAGAGAUUCAUAUCAAUGAGGACUUGAUGGAGACACUGACUCUUGAGGAGAAAAGAGAAUGGGUUGACAGCAGUCCUACACGUGUGUUUGACAUUGAUCCAGUAACACAACAGGUAAUGGUGGUUGACUCUGAGGCAUACUCGUAUGAUGAUGAGGUGAUUAAGAAAGCAGAAGCCAUGGGGAAGCCUGGGCUUGUGGAAAUCAUUGCAAAGCAGGAUAGCUUCAUAUUCACAGUUGAAUCUACUGGAGCAAUUAAAGCUUCUCAAUUAGUUCUAAAUGCCAUAGAAAUUCUCAAACAGAAGCUGGAUGCUGUGCGGCUAUCUGAAGAUACAGUGGAGGCGGAUGAUCAGUUUGGUGAGCUAGGUGCACAUAUGCGAGGAGGAUGA